CUCUCUCUCGGGAUGCGCGAGGAAUUAUGCUUUAGCAUCUCCCUCUCUGUCUCUGAGUGUUAAAAAGAAAAGAAAAAGAAAACAAACUCUGGGCCUUUCUUGACUCCCUCUCUCUCUCUCUCUCUAUCCGCAUUCAAGAUUGAGUAUAUAGUUGAAGGUUUGAACCGAACGUCUCCCUCCCUCUCUCUCUCUCUCUCUCUUCGCCCUUCGCCGUUGGUUCUUGGAUCUAUUUUUAUCGGCGUCAUGACUACAGUCAUGGAGAUCGCUGGCCAGCAGCAGCUGACCGACGGCGUUGCCGAUCUAUCAAUACAACAAGGACAGAUGGAAAUGGCUCCAUCAAGUCAACCGUCCGGUAGCACCAAUCAUCAUGGGGUUUGUGCAAUCUGUUUGAACAAGAUAGUGCUGGAAGAGACCGCCCUUAUCAAAGGCUGCGAGCACAGCUACUGUGUGACAUGCAUCCUUAGAUGGGCGACGUACAGAGAGAAACCAACAUGCCCUCAAUGUAAAUUUCCGUUUGAGUUCCUCAAUGUCCAUCGCUCACUUGAUGGCAGCCUCCAUGAUUACAUGUAUGAGGAGAGUGUUUGUCUGCUUCUUCGAGCCCCAUGGUUCAAGCCCUUGAAUGUGGAGGAUCGGGAAGAGGUUUAUGAUGAAGUGGAUGAUUAUUAUCCAUUUGAUGAUGAUGAGGAGGACUUGCAUGAAGUUUACUUGAAUCACUCGUCAAGUCUUCGCAUUGGUAAUCGGAGGUGGGGGGAUAAUGGAUAUGUGAGGGCAGGAAGACAAGAAGCAAGGCCAGUCUAUCGGCCAAAUGCACAAGCUUCAGGCGCUGGCCCAUCACGAGAGCCUAGGAAAAAAGAAGCUGCCCCAAAUGAGGCUGUAGUGGGGAGACGGGCUAAGAGGGCGCUGAAGCGUGAAGCUGCCGAUAAGGCAGCUGCUGCAAAACAUGAGCAGCAUCUCCAGAGGCUGGGCAGGAAGUAAUUCCUUAAUCAACACCCCCCCCCCCCCCCCCCCCCCCCCCUCUUUCUCUUCCUCCCUCUCCUCUCUUUCUCUUCCUCCCUGUACAGUUGUUUCCCUCCAAGUUUGUGUAAUAAUGAAUUGUAGUUGGUUAGAUUUCUUCGGCAGAAAUGGGCUGUGAACAACUGCCUGGCUGAUCUCCCCAAGAUUUACAUAUGUGAUUAUUGUAUAAUUCUGGUUAAUGUUUUCUGUUCAAUUUCCUUGUGCUGUUCAGUUUU